UACCUACCAUAUAUGUCUAUAUAUAUGAGAUGGUCCUUAUUACAAUAUAAUUCCUGUGAGUGGCAGAGCUAGGAAGCUGGUUGGAUAAUUGACUAGAAAUAUCAAAUAUGUGGAGGCUUAAGGUGGGCGAAGGUGGUGAUAAUCCAUAUAUAUACAGCACCAACAACUACUUAGGGAGGCAGAUUUGGGAGUUCGAUCCGAACGCAGGCACGCCUGAAGAACGAGCGGAGGUUGAAGAGGCUCGGAGAAAUUUCUUCGAGAAUCGUUACAAUGUUAAACCAAGCUCCGACCUUCUAUGGAGAUUCCAGUUUAUGCGAGAGAGAAACUUCAAACAAACGAUUCCACAAGUCAAAGUCGAGGAUGGUAGGGAAAUUACACUAGAGACUGCAACAAGUGCAUUGAAGCGGACUGUGAACUUCUUUUCAGCUUUGCAGACCAGUGAUGGCCACUGGCCAGCAGAAAAUGCCGGUCCCAUGUUUUAUUUUCCUCCCUUGGUCUUCAGUCUGUACAUUACAGGACAUCUUAAUAAUGUAUUCUCAGCGGAGCAUCGCAAAGAAAUUCUUCGUUACAUAUACUGCCAUCAGAAUGAAGAUGGUGGAUGGGGAUUGCACAUAGAAGGUCCUAGCAUGAUGUUUUGUUCAGUUUUGAACUAUGUUUGCAUGCGUUUGCUUGGAGAAGGACCUGAUGGUGGCGAAUACAAUGCUUGUGAAAGAGGGCGAAAGUGGAUCCUUGAUCAUGGUGGUGCAACUCACAUGGCCUCUUGGGGAAAGACCUGGCUUGCGAUACUUGGUCUGUAUGAGUGGGAUGGAUCUAAUCCCAUGCCCCCAGAAUUCUGGGCCUUUCCAUACUCUUUUCCCUUGCAUCCAGCGAAAAUGUUCUGUUACUGCCGGCUGACUUACAUGCCCAUGUCAUAUUUCUAUGGGAGAAGAUUUGUUGGUCCAAUCACACGACUUAUUAUGCAACUGAGAGAAGAAAUAUAUACUCAAUCCUAUAAUGAAAUAGUGUGGAAGAAUGUUCGGCAUUUAUGUGCAAAGGAGGAUUGCCAUUAUCCUCAUACUCGAGUACAAAAACUGAUGUGGGACACUCUUUAUAAUAUUACGGAGCCCCUUCUUGCCCGCUGGCCUUUUAACAAAUUGAGAAAGAGGACUGUCCAAAUCACAAUGGAUCACAUUCAUUAUGAAGAUGAAAGCAGUCGAUACAUUACAAUUGGAUGUGUGGAAAAGCCAUUGAUGAUGCUUGCUUGCUGGGCUGAAGAUCCUAAUGGGGACGCUUUUAAGAAGCAUCUUGCUAGGGUUGCGGAUUACAUUUGGGUUGGAGAAGAUGGAAUAAAGAUGCAGAGUUUUGGUAGUCAAGUUUGGGAUACUAGUCUUGCUCUCCAAGCCUUGAUUUCCAGCAACCUCACCAGUGAAAUUGGUCCUGUUAUCAUGAAAGCACAUAGUUUCUUACAAAAUUCUCAGGUAAGAGAAAAUCCUCCUGGAAACUUUAAAAAAAUGUUCCGUCACAUAUCUAAGGGAUCUUGGACUUUCUCUGAUCGAGAUCACGGCUGGCAAGUUUCUGAUUGCACAGCAGAAAGUAUGAAGUGCUGCCUCAUUUUAUCAAUGAUGGCACCUGAAGUUGUUGGUGAAAAGAUGGAACCAGAGAAAUUAUAUGAUGCUGUUAAUGUCUUAUUGUCCCUACAGAGUGAAAACGGUGGUAUGUCAGCCUGGGAGCCAGCUGGAGCCAAACUUUGGUUUGAGUGGCUCAAUCCAGUGGAGUUCCUUGAGGACUUGGUCAUUGAAUACGAGUACAUUGAGUGCACUUCAUCAACAAUCCAGGCUUUAGUUCUAUUCAAAAGGCUAUAUCCUGGACAUCGGAAGAAAGAAAUUGAAAAUUUCAUUGCACGUGCCGCACAGUUCAUUCUAGACAUACAAAAGCCUGACGGUUCAUGGUAUGGGAACUGGGGAAUAUGCUUCAUAUAUGGUACAUGGUUUGCACUGGCUGGCCUUACUGCUACAGGCAAGACAUAUACAAAUUGUCUGGCUAUACGUAAUGGAGUUGAAUUUCUUCUGAGGACUCAAAGAGACGACGGUGGAUGGGGAGAGAGCUAUCUUUCUUGUCCAAAGAAGGUUUAUACACCUCUUGAUAGAUCAAAUCUGAUACAUACUUCUUUGGGGUUGAUGGGGUUGAUCAUAGGAGGACAGGCAAAGAGAGAUCCUACGCCUCUUCUCCGUGCCGCUAAGCUGUUGAUCAAUUCUCAAAUGGAAAAUGGUGAUUUCCCUCAACAGGAACUAAUGGGAGUUUUCAUGAGGAAUUGCAUGCUACACUAUGCUUUGUACAGGAAUAUUUUCCCGAUGUGGGCUCUAGCAGAGUACUGCCGCCAUGUCCCAUUACCUUCCCAAAGUGCUCCAGACGUGUAAAUGCUAGACCAAUGCCCAGUCCAAGUAAAGACCGAGCUUUAUUACGGCCCACCAAAUAAUUAAAUAAAAUAAUGUACGUGAAGGUGGCAACUAUGUUGUUUUCUUUUGUUUCCUUUAUGUGUACGUUUCUUCCUAAGACAUAUUCUGUACUGAAUAUGUAUGAAAAGCUCGUUUGGUUAAUAAAUAAGUAAUAUAUAUAUGUCCCU